CCAUUCUCCUGCCUCAGCCCGGAGUAGCUGGGACUACGGACGCCCGCCACCACGCCCGGCUAAUUUUUUGUAUUUUUAGUAGAGACGGGGUUUCACCGUGUUAGCCAGGAUGGUCUCGAUCUCCUGACCUCGUGAUCUGCCCGCCUCGGCCUCCCAAAGUGCUGGGAUUACAGGCGUGAGCCACCGCGCCCGGCCCGAGUCAUGUUUUUAAUCGUAGAGGCUGAUGGUCAAUUGAGUUCUUCCCACGUGGACAAUUCCGUGAAGCCUGCACUGACGUUAGGAGCAGCAGCGAUUUCUCUUUAAAGCUGGUUAAUGAUUCCCUCCCGUAACUCCGGGUAGCCAGCUUGUACUUAAAUAAUUGUAAAAAUGCGGACUGAGGUGGCAUGCCUUUUUGGCCCUUUGCACACGGCUGGCCUAUGUCGUUUAUUAAUUGGGAGGCAGUGUCAUUGUGUAAAUCCCCUUAUUCCUAGCGGGGUCACGGUCUGAGUUUGAAUGCGCCCCUCCGCAAGUAUCGUCACGGGCCAAAUUAAAGACUACAUUUCCCAAAGGCCCUCGCGGAUCCCACCCUUCUCCCUCCCUUUCCGGUUUUACACUUAGGCCCCGCCCCCGAUGCGCGUGUCGGCCAAUAGCGGCCCCACCUCUCGCGCCCGGCAAAAAAUAGGACGCGGGCGGGAACGUUUCAGGGGCCGCGGGGGCGGGGCCUGUGGCCAGGAGUUGGUCUUUGGAAUCGGAGGGGCAGAUUCGCUGCUCCGCAGUACGGCCGGAGCUGGUCCGGUCAAGAGUCGGGAUUUGUGGGGAGAGGUUCUCCACUGGUCAAGAGAAGGCUUUCAGAAAGACGGUAUUAAUUUCCCGUUGCGGCUCCGCCCGGUCCCAUCUUCGGCCCGCUCCUCCAGGAAAUGAAUCUGCUGCCGAAUCUUGAGAGUCCAGUGACUCGGCAGGAGAAGAUGGCGACCGUGUGGGAUGAGGCCGAGCAAGAUGGAAUUGGGGAGGAGGUGCUCAAGAUGUCCACGGAGGAGAUCAUCCAGCGCACACGGCUGCUGGACAGUGAGAUCAAGAUCAUGAAGAGUGAAGUGUUGAGAGUCACCCAUGAGCUCCAAGCCAUGAAGGAUAAGAUAAAAGAGAACAGCGAGAAAAUCAAAGUGAACAAGACCCUGCCGUACCUUGUCUCCAACGUCAUCGAGCUCCUGGAUGUUGAUCCUAAUGACCAAGAGGAGGAUGGUGCCAAUAUUGACCUGGACUCCCAGAGGAAGGGCAAGUGUGCUGUGAUCAAAACCUCUACACGACAGACGUAUUUCCUUCCUGUGAUUGGGUUGGUGGAUGCUGAAAAGCUAAAGCCGGGAGACCUGGUGGGUGUGAACAAAGACUCCUAUCUGAUCCUGGAGACGCUGCCCACAGAGUAUGACUCGAGGGUGAAGGCCAUGGAGGUGGACGAGAGGCCCACGGAGCAAUACAGUGACAUUGGGGGUUUGGACAAACAGAUCCAGGAGCUGGUGGAGGCCAUUGUCUUGCCAAUGAACCACAAGGAGAAGUUUGAGAACUUGGGGAUCCAACCUCCAAAAGGGGUGCUGAUGUAUGGGCCCCCAGGGACAGGGAAGACCCUCCUGGCCCGGGCCUGUGCUGCACAGACUAAGGCCACCUUCCUAAAGCUGGCUGGCCCCCAGCUGGUGCAGAUGUUCAUUGGAGAUGGUGCCAAGCUAGUCCGGGAUGCCUUUGCCCUGGCCAAGGAGAAAGCGCCCUCUAUCAUCUUCAUUGAUGAGUUGGAUGCCAUCGGCACCAAGCGCUUUGACAGUGAGAAGGCUGGGGACCGAGAAGUGCAGAGGACAAUGCUGGAGCUUCUGAACCAGCUGGAUGGCUUCCAGCCCAACACCCAAGUUAAGGUAAUUGCAGCCACAAACAGGGUGGACAUCCUGGACCCCGCCCUGCUCCGCUCGGGCCGCCUGGACCGCAAGAUAGAGUUCCCGAUGCCCAAUGAGGAGGCCCGGGCCAGAAUCAUGCAGAUCCACUCCCGAAAGAUGAACGUCAGUCCUGACGUGAACUACGAGGAGCUGGCCCGCUGCACAGAUGACUUCAAUGGGGCCCAGUGCAAGGCUGUGUGUGUGGAGGCGGGCAUGAUCGCACUGCGCAGGGGUGCCACGGAGCUCACCCACGAGGACUACAUGGAAGGCAUCCUGGAGGUGCAGGCCAAGAAGAAAGCCAACCUACAAUACUACGCCUAGGGCGCACAGGCCAGCCCCGGUCUCACGGCUGAAGUGCGCAAUAAAAGAUGGUUUAGGGUC